AUGGGGAAGAAAAGUCGUCUCGCAGGUGGAGCCGUCGGCCGAAGAACAAUCCUACAGCUUUCGCCUCCUGGAAGCCGUAGCGGGAAUGCCGGAGAGAGGGAAGAGGCGCCCUCGGGAUCUGAUGAUGAGCAGGAUGGUGAUGGGCACAGAGUCCUGAGACGCACAAACGUGAGGCCACCAGCGGUGAAGGCCACAGAGGGCCUGUCCUUGCUGGGAGCCUAUGAAGACAGUGAUGAGGAAGACGCUGCAGACUCUUCUCGUUCAGUUGCAAAUUCUAAACGCAGCCAGCCAGGUGACAUCGACAGCACUCUUGCAAAUUUCAUGGCUGAAAUUGAUGCAAUCACAACUCAGCCAAGUACAGAUGAUGCAGUAGCUCCUCCCUCUGUUCCAAAUGCCAACCCACCGAGACCUGAGGUCAAAACCCAGCAGCCAGCUGCUGGUAAUGGAGAAAAUCGAGAAGGCACAGAAUUUGAGUACAACACGCAGUACUCACUAGCUGGAGUUGGUGUGGAGAUGGGAGACUGGCAGGAAGUGUGGGACGAGAACUCUGGCUGCUACUACUACUGGAACACACUGACCAAUGAAGUGUCCUGGGAACUGCCACACUAUUUAGCCGACCAAGUGCAAAGCCUGGGACAUCAAUCAAACAGUAGCACUAGUGUCAAUGGGAAUAGCAAAGCUCCCGCAGGUUACUACACAGAGGAAAAUGCUGCCGCUGCUUCAGCCCAAACAACGGUAAAGGAGACCAAAGCGAAGGAGGUCAUAGAGAGCGUCGUUGGCCUUACAAGUGAAGAGGAGGAACGCCGGGGAGUGGCUGCAUCCCUCCUUGGUCCUUUAAUCCCUUCUGAAGUGAAAGAAGCAGAAGAGAAAUGGAGAAAAAGACUGCUGAAGGGUUUGGAUGAGACGGAAAACAGUGCCGAUUCUGAAGGAGAAAGUGUGAAGCCUGCAGGAUCUCCUGCCACAGCACUUCAGGACACAGACUCAACGGUCACUGUUCAGAAAGAUCUUGGCACCAAGAAGCAGUCGAGAGACAAUUCGGAUGCUGAUGAGGAGACAGAGGAAGACACCAUGGACCUUGAGCUGGCUCUGGAGAGGAAAAAGGCUGAGCUCCGGGCUCUGGAGGAGGGCGAUGCGAGCGCAGGGGGCUCCAGUCCAUGCUCUGAAACUAGUCAAGAAGCCACAGGGUCUCGUAGUGUCCCUGUGAAGAAGAAUCGGUGGAAAACUGUCUUCCCCUGUGCCACCAGCCCUGAUUCAAACAGUAGAGGCUCAGAACUACCUGACAGCUCAGAGACUGGUCUUCCCAAAGUUUUAGAAAGUGCGGUAGAGGGAGGGAACAAGGAAGGAGACGAUUCUGAGGAUAAAACAGAUUCCAAAGCUCCUGUUAAAGAUGAGAUUGAGACUCCAGAGCUUAAGUUCCAGAUUGGAGAACUGGCUAACACCUUAACCAGCAAGAUGGAGUUUCUGGGCAUAAACAAGAAGACGAUUUCAAACUUUCAUUUGCUUCUGCUGCAAACUGAGACACGGAUCGCUGACUGGAGGGAAGGUGCUCUGAAUGGGGUCUAUCUUCGCCGCAGGCUGCAGGAAGCUGCCGAACACAUAAAAUAUUACGAACUUAACGCCACCCCUAAAGGCUGGUCCUGCCACUGGGACAGAGAGCACAGGCGGUAUUUCUAUGUGAGGGACCGGAGCGGUGCCUCCCAGUGGGAGUUUCCAACAGAGGAGGACAAGGAGGAGGACCUUAAAGGCAGUAAGGGUAUCCAGACACAAACUCCGGGCCAAGGGGAUACCAAAACACCGUCCGGCUCAGCUGGUGGCGUUACAGAAUCGACUACGUGCUCUGCUGCGCCACCGCCACCCCCGCCCCCACCCCCCCCACCACCUACUCAGCCCGCUGAAUCCUCCCACUGGCCCCCAGCCCAGCCACCGCUUCCUGACAGCCCGCCCCCGCUCCCACCUCUCCCCCCGGGCUCUCCGCCGCCACCUCCUCCCCCCCCUGACAGCGAUGAAGAGAUCAUGGAGGUCGAGAUGGAGAUGGAUGACGAUAAUGACGAUGAGCCCCCAGCCCCUGGAACAGAGGAAGAUGGCAGUGGGAGGCCUCCUCUGCCCCCUGGCUCAGCGGGCAUGAAGAUUGUAGACUCGUUUAACCCUUUGGGGAAAGGGCAGAAGCGUAAGGCUGGUCAGGUUAAUAAAAACAUUACCAUCGGCAGCAGCCCCAUUCUGUACACCCAGCCAGCUGCCAGUGCAGUACCUCUGAUGUCAGCCACUGCCUACUGGGGUGUACCCGCCAUCACUGCCCCUCUGGUCCCUUGUGAACCUCCAGUCCCACCUGUCCCUGCCUUACCUCCUCAACCACCACUUCCCCCAUCCCAGCCACCCUUUGAACCUCCGGGACCCAAAGCUCCCCCUGUAGACAAGACAAAGAAAAUAAAAAAGGAUAAGUCAAAGAAGAGUAAGACCAAGAUGCCUUCUCUAGUGAAGAAAUGGCAGAGUAUCCAGAAGGAGCUGGAUGAGGAAGAGAAGAGCAGCUCCAGCGAUGAAGACAGAGACCAGCUUAACAAGAAGGGCAUUGAAGAGUGGAAGCAACAGCAGUUCGUGACGGGAAAAGCUUCAAAGAAUGCCAAUUUUGAGGCACUUCCUGACAACUGGCGGGAACGCCUCAAAAAGCGGAAGAUGAUGAGCAGCACAUAA